CUUGAUUUUAUUUAUUGACUGGUGUUGCUUCUUGUUUAUAAAUUGAAAGAAAAUUUAUUCACGCGGCUAUUCAGUACGGGAGUCAGGCAUGAAUGUUGACCGCAGCCCGGAAAGCCAAGUAGAUUUGAGUGAUCGCGACCAAGCCGUCCUGAUGGAUCCUAUUGACCACGAACGUUGUCGCUAUCCAUAUUGUAUAGUUUGGACUCCCAUUCCGGUUUUAACAUGGAUGUUCCCGUUUCUUGGUCACAUGGGUAUCUGCACAUCCAGCGGGGUGAUCCGGGACUUUGCUGGACCCUACUUUGUGUCUGAAGACCUGAUGGCGUUCGGGAACCCGACCAAGUACUGGCAGCUGACACCGGCUAAGGCUCACAAUGGGCAACCUGGAUGGGAUGCUGCUGUUCACAAAGCUUCAGAGAUUUAUAAAAAGAGAAUGCAUAUCAUAUUCUACGACAACUGCCACUCUCAUGUGGCGAUGGCGCUGAACCUCAUGAGCUACGGCGGCUGCAAGAACUGGAAUAUGGUGAAGCUGGCCUUCUACAUGAUACCCUAUUCUAAAUAUGUCAGCCCUGGAGCCUUCGUAAAGACAUGGCUGCCGUUCGUGAUCAUCGUCGCAUUCAUCUGCACGCUCGCCGCUCUCAUAUAGAUGUCUACGGUUUCUAGCAGGGUCUCCUCACAGUGGAGUUUCGGCCACAUCCGCCUCUCUCGCGUCGAAACAUGUUCCGUAUAACAGUUCUUUUGAGUAUGUAUAGGUUGGUCUUAAUUUAAAAAAAAAACCGGCCAAGGCGAGUCGGACUCGCGUUCCAAGGGUUCCGUACAUUACACAAUUUUUAACAAUGUACCUAUUUUUUUAUGUGAUGGUAUGGUUAGAGCUACCCAAAUAAAAAUGACCUGUCAUAGAGACCAUCAGUCGACGCGAGAUGAAUAUACAUAUUAGCUACACUGUGUCCAGAAAUAGAUAGUGCAUAAAAUACCACGAGAUCAACCUUGGAUAGAGAUUGAAUAAAGUGAAACCAGUUUGAAAAAAAAUAUACCU